CUAAAAGCACGACAAUACCGAGGCGGACGCGAGAUCAACGUGGAGGAUGUGCUAUCCUGGGCCGCCCCGUGUGGGAGUGCCGGCCUGGUGGGGUGGAGGCAAGACAGUUCCUCUUUGAUUGGUGUGUGUACUAUCGCUACUACUACUACUACUACUACUAACUACUACUACUACUACUACUACUACUACUACUACUACUACUACUACUACCAUCACCAUUACUGCUCCUGCUGCUGCUGUGUACUGCAUAGCGAGUCUUCACCAGAGGAUAAAGGUCGUUUAACAAUGAGCGCUGAACAGCGAACAAACUUGAAGUUUUUGGUGCAGUUGGGGAAAACGCCGUCAGAAGCACUGGGUAUGCUGCAAAAAGUGUACGGGGAUGAGACAAUGUCACGCUCACGUGUUUUUGAGUGGUGCAAGAGGUUCAAAGAGGGCCGGGAGGACGUGGAAGAUGACCCCAGGAGUGGAAGACCCUCAACGAGCAGGAAUGAGGCCAAUGUUGAGCGUGUCAAGCAGAUGGUGCGUGACGAUCGUCGGUUGACUGUUCGAAAGAUCGCAGAUGAGCUUGGCAUGAACCACAACAGCGUGUGGAAGAUUAUCACUGAAGAUCUGGGCAUGCGGAAAGUCUGUGCGAAGAUGGUGCCGAGACUCCUGAACGAUGACCAGAAGGGACGACGCAUGCAGGUGUGUCAGGACAUCCUCGAGCGUCUGGAAACUGAACCAGACUUGCUCAGGAGAGUCAUCACCGGCCAUGAGUCCUGGGUAUUUGAGUACGACCCGGAGACCAAACGCCAGAGCCUUCAAUGGAAGAGUCCGGCGUCGCCACGGCCGAAGAAAGCAAGGCAGUCCAGGUCCAGCUUCAAGGUCAUGUUGAUCGCUUUCUUCGAUGUGAGGGGCAUCGUCCACUGCGAGUUCUUGCCACAGGGCCAGACAGUCAACCAACAUGUGUACAAAGAAGUACUGCGGCGUCUGCUUCGUGCAGUGCGCGAGAAGAGGCGGGAGUUGUGGCAGGGCAACUCGUGGCUGCUUCACCACGACAAUGCGCCUGCUCACAAUGCCCUGAGCAUCAGAGAGUUCUUGGCCAAGAAGAACAUCGCCGUGCUGGAGCAACCGCCCUACUCACCUGACCUCGCUCCGUGCGACUUCUUCCUCUUCCCCAAGCUCAAGGAGGUCAUGAAGGGGACCCGUUUUGAUGAUGCGGACGACAUCAAAAAGGCCGUGACGACGGAGCUGAGGAGCAUCCCGCAAGAAUCCUUCCAGCAGUGCAUGCAAGCCUGGCAGAGAAGGAUGGACAAGUGCAUGCGGUGCCAGGGGGAUUACUUCGAAGGAGAUAACCUAUAGUUUGUAGCCUGGAUGUGAAAUAAAACUUGUGUGGCACCAGUCCUGGAACUUUAAUGACACCUCGUAUGUGUGUACUUGUAUGUAUGUAUGUAAUCCCUCGGGACUUCAUGGAGGUAUAUUAUAAUUGUUUUUUUCAGUAUUAUCUCCUUUACUGAAUAAGAUUUGGUUAAGUUUGGUUUAUUUAUUUAUUUAUUUUUCAGCUUAACCUGUCAACCAUGCUAGAUAGAUUUGUAAUAUAUAUUGUCUGCAUAAAAUCUGUAGUCCUGUUGGAAUUUGGAAGUUUAUUUGUAUAUUGAUGUAUUAUUUAUUUUCAAGGAUUCAUGGUUGAUUGGGUGGAGUGAAUAUAGUACAGUUAUCUUGCCAGACUAAACCUAAACUAAACUGGUCUCAACUAACUUAAUCUGACUCAACCCUACCUAAGCCAACCUAACUAAACCUGACCUAACUUGACGUAACCUUAACCUAACUUAACCUGACUCAACCCUACCUAAGCCAACCUAACUAAACCUAACCUAACUUGACAUAACCUUAACCUAACCUAACGUAACCUAUCUAACCCAACCUAACUAAACCUAAACUAACUUAACCUAACCUUAACCUAACCUAACGUAACCUAUCUAACCCAACCUAACUAAACCUAAACUAACUUAACCUAACCUUAACCUAACCUAACCUAACCUAACCUAACCUAACCAACCCAGCCUUAUUUAACGUAACCUACCUAACCCAACCUAACUAAACCUAACCUAACCUAACCAAACUUAACCUAACCAAACUUAACCUAACCUAACCUUAACCUAAUCUAACCUAACCUUUACCAUUUAAAAGAAAUACCAUUGAAAAUAUAACAAAUUAAUUUUACCUUUUUUUCUCGAUAUCACUAAAGACUUGAAGUGAAAUCCCACCAAGACAGCUCUCAUUUAAUAUAUAUAACCUAGUUUUUACACACACACACACACACACACACACACACACACACACACACACACACACACACACACACACACACACACACACACACACACACACACACACCUACCUACCUGGCCAUACCUGUACCAGCCACUCUCCUCACCUGUGCCUGUUACCUGUGAUCCCCCAAUAACUCCAGGUGACCCCCGUGACUCCCGCCCCACCUGCCUCACCUGACCGAGUUAAUGACGUCACUCACCUGUAACCCUUUCCUCCUCCUCCUCCUCCUCCUCCUCCUCACUCACACACUCAAUUUGGUGGCCCCGUGGGAUUGCCCUGUUCCACCCCUGCUCCUUCC